UAACACUACAACAACUCCAUUCUAACAAAAUUACGCAAAUGACUGAAUCAACACAGCUACAAACAGCAGAAAAUAAUAACGCAGGCGUUGUUAAAAUGGAACCAUUACCGCCGGCCACAACAGCAUCAACAGCAAACACCACAUUGGCCACAUCGCCAUCACCAUCCUCGGUAAUGGAUCAACAACUGCAUCAGCAGCAACAACAACAACAGCAGCAGCAACAACAAUUGGCUGCUGCAGCAGCUGCCGCCGCCGUGGCAACCCAACAAUUGCAACAACAAACCGCUUCCCUAUUAAGUGCAACACAACAAAUGCAUCAGCAACAACAACAACAAUAUGCUUUAAAAUGGAAUGACUACCAAACAUCGAUGUUGAGCUCAUUCCGUCAUCUCCGGGAUGAAGAAGACUUUGUCGAUGUCACUCUGGCAUGUGAUGAACGCUCAUUCACCGCCCACAAGGUGGUCUUGAGUGCCUGCAGUCCAUAUUUCCGCAAACUGCUGAAAGCCAAUCCCUGUGAACAUCCCAUAAUUAUAUUGCGGGAUGUGCCGGCCGAUGAUGUGGAGAAUUUAUUGAGCUUUAUUUACAACGGUGAAGUAAAUGUCGGCCACGAACAUUUACCCGAGUUCUUGAAAACCGCUCAUCUGCUACAGAUUCGCGGCUUGGCGGAUGUCAACAAUGCCGGCUUGAAUACGGCAAAUCCUUUUGCCAAUUCGGCAGCGGCAACAACCCUAAGUCCCAUGGCAAAAUCGCUUAGUAAUGCGUUGAGCAGUAAUCUAACGGGUAGUGCGGCAAAUAAGUUAAAUUUUCUAACAGCUGCCAGUCAGGCGUUGAGUCAAAAUGCUGGUAGUUCGCCGUUUACGACACCCGCCCUUGCGUCGACAAAUACACCACUCAAUAAUCUAUUAAACAACAACAAUAACAAUACAACAUCAACAAAUAACACUAGCAGUAAUGCCAAUGGCAACAACACAAGCAACAAUAACAACAGUCAUAACAACAACAAUAAUAAUAAUAGCAACAGCAGCAACAACAACAACAAUAGUAGUAGCAACAAUGGAAAAACACCUGCCAUACAGGAAUUGAAAGCUUCCUCAGCGUCUCCCGCCAACAACUGGGAUCAUUCAGAUUCGGACAGCAAUCGCAACAACCACUUGACCCCUCCACCCCAAAAACGCAUUAAAUCUGCCGAUUUGUUUCGUGCCCAACAUGGCAUCAGCCCUGAACGUUUGUUAAUUGAUCGUGACUUCCCCGUUGCUGGUCAACAUCCUUUGACACGUAAUCGCGAUCGUAGCCGUGAAACUUCAAGAGAUCGUGAUCGUGAAAUGCGUGAAUCGUUAUUGGGCCAGGCGUUGGAAAAUUCAAAUGGUUUACAGAAACAACACAAUGAUAUGGGCUCUCUACACGGUCAAAGUGCAUGCGAUGAUUCGAAUAGUUCCGAUACUGAACCCUCAGAUCGUGGCGAUGGACAAAACGAAGGUACAAUGGAUUCCAUGGACAAUCAACGUUCACAUUCCUUCCCCAAUGCAUUUUUGGGUUUGCAAGGUAUACCGGGCCUAUUGCCAGGACCCUCAGGCAUGGGUGGUGAUUUCGUGAGCCGCCGUUCCCUGGAAAUGCGUGUACGUGCCACCGAUCCUCGCCCCUGCCCCAAAUGCGGCAAAAUCUAUCGUUCAGCCCAUACCUUGCGUACCCAUUUGGAAGAUAAACACACAGUUUGCCCGGGCUAUCGUUGUGUGCUGUGUGGUACUGUGGCCAAAUCCCGUAACUCUUUACAUUCUCACAUGUCCCGACAACAUCGUGGUAUUUCCACAAAAGAUCUACCAGUCCUACCCAUGCCCAGUGCUUUUGAUCCAGAGUUGGCAUCACGUCUUUUGGCCAAGGCUGGGGUGAAAAUCUCUCCAGCUGAAUUGAGGGCACGUGCCUCACCCACAAAUGGUGGUGGUGCUGGUACGGGACAAACUAAACUGGAUGCUAGCCUCUCGAAUAACAUGAAAGAUGAAGCCGAAGAUUCCGAUGAUGAUCCCGAGGAUUUGACCACUGCCAGUGGUGGUUAUGGAGGUAAUACCAAUGCCAUUGGUGGAAAUAAUGAUUUGAGCCGUUAUCAUGAAUCGUUGUUGAGUAAUUUCGGUCAUGCCAAUACAACCAUAUCACGUAUCCGUAAUGAAGCUGCUGCUGCAGCGGCGGCCGCUGCAGCCUUGGGUCAGCAGCAAAAGGAUCUAAGUGGACAAAUACCCACAAGUACAGCAGCGGGACAAUCGCUCUUGGACACAUAUUUGCAAUUUAUAACGGAAAAUACAUUUGGUAUGGGCAUGUCCCAGGAACAUGCCGCUGCUGCCGCCUUACAUGCUGCCAAAAUGGCCCAACUAAAUGCCAUGGGCCAUGGUUUGGAUAAAUUACCACCCGGCCUCUUGCCACCUCAAUUCGAUUUGAGUAAAUUGGCCGGCCAGGCGGCUGCAGCUGCUGCUGCCGGUAAUGCUUUCAACAACUUAGCUUCGGCCGGCAACAAUGCCGGUGGCCUAACCAUUGAACCCAUUAUGCGUCGUGACAUAAUGUCACCCCACCACAAUAGCAAUGAAAAUCUGCACAAUUCUCAAAAUACACCUGCCAGCAGUAGUACCAGCCAAAAUGAUAUUCGCCGCGAUCCCUCCGAGCCCAUGGAUUUGGGUUUAGAUGGCCAAAAUCAAUCGGGUAGUCACAACAAUGAUAAUAUGGGUUCGGAUAAUGAGGAUAACUAUUCCGAAGAUGAGGGAGUGCACAAUACAUAAAUU